AUGUAUGAUGCGGUCGACAAGCACGACAUCUUGAUUGCGGAUGUUCGAGAUCUUUUCUACGCCAGAGUUCCCUGGUCCAUCUACCAGUUUUUCGCCGACAUUGGCACCGUUCCGCACAUCAUGGAUAUCCAUCCAAUCAACAUGCCGGCAAACAUGGCCGAGGGACAUAGGGAGAAAAUUGAAAACAACUGCAAGCAUCUCAAACCCUUAUAUCAGCUUCCCAUUAGAGUCCAAGAGUUCAUUGUGCCAGAGGGGAUCAAGAGGGAUUGUGAUGGAUUGAAGCGCAUAUUGCAGACUGGUUCAGAGGUGGCAUCAGUCUUGAGCUCAAUGGUGAGCAUUAUUUGCCUGGACAAAAUGAAAAGCCCGAAGGAUCUUUUCGCCGGGAAGACUUUCAAGCAGGUGGUAUCCCACCUCGAGCUCGAGUUGGGCCCUCUGGAAGCCCUUGACGCUACGAAAGAAAUCAUCCAGCUGCUCGAGAAAAAGUUUCCUGAACCAGAUCAUGCCGUCAUUGCAGAGAAGACGGCCGCAACAUUGAACCCGGUGCUCCCGUUCCAUAGAAACUUUCGGGGCGCAUUGAGACAAGUCCAGAUGAGGUUUCCGGCCGCCUUAGAGAUAUCUUCCCUAGAGGCUGGUAUAGAAAAGGUUCGGUCGGAAUUGGAAGUCGUCUACUCUCGCCAACAACUUACUGGCGAUGUCAUGGGGGGAGUUGGAGUUGCUGGUAGCAUAGGUGCUGGUGCCAUUGCUGCCGGAUUGGAGAGUGGCAACAUGUGGGUUGCAGCAGCGGUGGCACUCCUGGCGCUCAGCUCUGUUUUGUUAGCGAAGUGCGGCAUUGACAAGAGAAUGGAUACGUCUAGGAAGUUGGGGAGGAUCGACGACGUCGAUGUUACCUUAACAGAUUUGAAAAAGAUCAUAAACACGGCGCAGGCGGCGAGCGUGGCUAUUUAUUGCUCCAGGGUGCACCAGAUGCCACUGGAAACAAUGAGCCGUCGUGAGAGGGAUAAGAUUUUAGAAAAUUUUGGUAUCGACGUGAGUGCGCUGUAUAUUGAGGACUACAAUGAGGCUCUCAUCAGCGCCAGCUUGGAAAACUUCCUACGGGGGAGCGAGAAGUUCCUUGAUGGCAUGGAUAAGUUGAUGGAAGACGCAAACGUUGCAAUCUCAACGAAACGAGAAGAAGUUAAGGGGCAAGGGAGUGUAUUACAGCUUGGCUUCGACUAG